CGCAGGCGCACAAACCCCGCCUCUCUCCUGUGCUGUGUGCAUUCGCAUUGUGUCUAAACAGGCAGCGAGCAAAAAGAUAUUUUACCAACAGCAGUAAUGUCGGGCAGGUCGGUUCGAGCGGAGACGCGGAGCAGGGCGAAAGAUGACAUCAAGCGGGUUAUGGCUGCAAUUGAAAAAGUGCGGAAAUGGGAGAAGAAAUGGGUGACUGUUGGCGACACGUCACUGCGAAUCUACAAGUGGGUACCAGUGACGGAGCCCAAGUCAGAUGAUAAGAACAAAAACAAGAAGAAAGGCAAAGAUGACAAGUAUGGCUCUGAGGUCACGACCCCUGAGAACAGCUCCUCUCCUGGAAUGAUGGAUAUGCAUGAUGACAACAGUAACCAGAGCUCGAUUGCGGACUCUUCCCCAUUGAAGCAGGAGACCAGCAACAACACUAGUCCAGCACCUGAGCCCAUGGCCGCUUCUCAGAAUGACAGCAGUGACUUGAAAAAUGACCAGUAUCCUUCCAAACAGCCUUCAUCUGGUCUGGAUCAUAAGAGUGAACAAAACCACUGCUCAUCGGAGUCUAUAACAAGCAAAAGGGACAGCAAGUCACAGGGGGAUUCAGAAAGCUUUUUAGACUCUUCCAAAUCGGCCCAGGAAUUGGAAGAUGGUGCCCCUCCAAGCAAAAAGGGAAUCGACUCUUCCUCUGAAGAAAGUUAACUGUCCUGACAGCCGUCAAGCAUUUGCGAUCCCAGUCUCUUAUCCCGAAACACACAACAUAAAGGAGUUUCUUCUUCAGUUCUAGACUCU